GGUUGUUGUUGUCUAACAAAAGAAUUUCUGUAAAGCGAUUAAAGGUUUAUUGCGCAGUAAAUCCUCUUACAAGCGUGUUAACAGAGAGCUUCACGCUAAAAUGCUGCCAUUUGCCAAAGAAUCUCUGAAGACGGAGGCUCUGCUGACUUCCACUUUCACCGCCUCGUAAAGCAGAAAAUAGAAUGGCAAAGACUCUAUUUCUGGUGGCAUCUCUGCUGGUUUUGGGGAAUGUCGUCUUCCUACACGCCUCCUUUCCCCCCAGCCUCAUCACAGAUCUGGCCAAAAUUGUCAUGGACAAUUACUGCUCCCCGGAGAAGUUGUCGGGCAUGAAGGAGGACAUCGCAACAGCGGGUGCAAACACGGACGUCCUCAACAUCCCGGACGGCGAGGCGCUGGCCAAGGUUCUAACCGAUGGAGUUCAGACCACAGUCAGCGAUCCACGCCUGAGGGUCUCUUACGAGCCCAACUAUGUCCCCGUGGUGCCACCGCAGUUGCCCCCAGAGCAGCUGAUCGCCGUCCUGCAGACCUCCAUCAAGCUGGACAUCUUGGAAGGAAACAUCGGGUACCUGAGGAUCGACAGCAUCAUCGGAGAGGAGGUCGCUGAGAAGGUCGGCCCUUUGCUUCUGGAGCUGGUGUGGAGUAAGAUCCUGCCCACCUCUGCCCUGAUCUUCGACCUGCGCUACACCAGCAGCGGUGACAUCACAGGCAUCCCGUACAUCAUUUCCUACCUGACAGACGCCAAAUCGGAGAUUCACAUCGACACCAUUUACGACCGACCUCUGAACACCACCACCAAGCUGCUCUCCAUGCAGUCCACCCUGGGGCAGACGUACGGGGGCACCAAGCCCCUGCUUGUCCUCACCAGCAAGAACACGAAGGACAUCGCAGAAGAUGUGGCCUACUGCCUGAAGAACCUGAAGAGAGCUACCAUCGUGGGCGAGAAGACCGCCGGGGGGUCUGCAAAAAUCAAGAAGUUCAGAGUGGGAGACACUGACUUUUACGUGACGCUGCCAACCGCAAAGUCCAUCAACCCCAUCACCGGCUCUUCUUGGGAGGUGACGGGUGUGAAGCCCAAUGUGGAAGUCAACGCAGAGGAAGCCCUCGCCACCGCCCUCAAGAUCAUCAACCUCCGACUCCAAGUUCCAGCCAUCAUUGAGGAGUCAGCCACGCUGGUUGCCAACAACUAUGCCUUUGAAAGCACCGCGGCGGACGUGGCAGAGAAGCUGAAGGGCCACCUGGCCAACGGGGACUACAACAUGGUGGUGUCCAAAGAGAGUCUGGAGGCGAAACUGUCCGCCGACCUGCAGAGUCUCUCCGGAGACAAGAGCCUGACGGUCAGCAGCAACACCGGAGCCCCCCCACCAAUGGAAUACACCCCAGAGAUGUACAUCGAGCUGAUCAAAAUCUCCUUCCACACCGACGUCUUUGAAAACAACAUCGGGUAUCUGCGCUUUGACAUGUUCGGAGACUUUGAGGAGGUCAAGGCCAUAGCUCAGGUCAUUGUCGAGCACGUCUGGAACAAAGUGCUCCACACGGACGCCAUGAUCAUCGACCUCAGGAACAACGUCGGGGGGCCAACAACGGCCAUCGCCGGCUUCUGCUCUUACUUCUUUGAUGGAGACAAGCAGAUUCUGCUGGACAAGCUCUACGACCGGUCCACCGGGACCACCACGGACCUCCUGACCCUCGGAGAGCUCACAGGUGAGAGGUACGGCUCCAAGAAGAGCCUCAUCAUCCUGGCCAGCAGAGCCACCGCCGGGGCGGCAGAGGAGUUCGUUUACAUCAUGAAGAGGCUGGGCCGGGCCAUGAUCGUUGGAGAAACCACCGCCGGCGCUUCCCAUCCGCCCAAGGUCUUCCAAGUGGGCGAGAGCGACAUCUUCCUCAGCAUCCCCACGGUCCACUCGGACACCUCGGCCGGGCCCGGCUGGGAGGGUGCCGGCGUGGCCCCUCACAUCCCCGUCGCCGCUGGUGCUGCCCUGGAGACCGCCAAGGCCAUCCUGAACAAGCACAUUGGCGGCCAGCAGCACGCCGCGUCCUGAGAGGAUGUUUUUUGCCUUUGAAGCUGGUUUAGGAGGAGAACUGUAACGUGUAACUAAUAAGUAGACCCCUGAAGAGUAGCCAGUCGGUAGGGAAAAAGGCUCAACUGUACUUUUUCUGUAGACGUCUAAGAACAUCUGAGCUUAGUGAGAACAAGCGAGCAGCUUUUCAUGUUUCAACUUCUGUAAAUGUCUUUAGUCAGUCCGAACGCUCCGAACCGAAGCUCCGGGGCUGCUUAUAAACCACCUGAUAGUUGGGGGGGGGGGGGCAUUUCCAGUUGUUUUAAUGUGGAUCUUCUUUGCUUGAACGAGUUCCUGUUGUGGGACACAAUUAAAGACAACACAAGUACACAA